AUGACUGUGCUCCUUCGGCUCACUCACCGCUACGACACCGUUCCAGCCAUUCUCUCUCACUUGGAGACCAUCGGCUGUGCCUCUCUCACAAACCCUGUAUCUCAGUUGGUGCUGUUGAGGAUUUACUCGCGUGCGGGUAUGUAUGCGAUGCUCUUGGAGGCUUAUCACCACUUGCAAGCCUCUUACGCUUUUGUCCCCGAUACCUUUGCUCGUAAUUUGGUCAUGGACGCUCUCUUUAGGGUCGGUCACUCCCAUCUCGCUCUCACCCUCACUCUCUCUCUCUUCAGCCACACUCAUCCCCCUAAUUUCUUCACCUUCCACAUUUUGCUCCUCCAUCUUUCCAAACUAAACAACAACAAUCUCAAUCUCUACCUCCCUCACAUUGCUCGUAUACUCAGACUUAUGCUCUGGGCCGGUUAUUCUCCCUCUCCUCUCACUUUUCAGAUGCUUCUCAAUUCUCUUUGCAAGAUUAAUGCAUUCCCACAGGCUUAUCAGCUCCUCGCUCUCAUGACUGCUCUCGGGAUCAAUUUCUCUGUCAAUAUUUGGACCAUUCUCAUCCAUAACUACUGUAAAUUCGGCCGCCUUCGUCUUGCUAACAACCUCUUCCACAAUAUGCUUCAAACUGGUUGUUCUCCUAAUGUUGUGACAUAUACCAUCUUAUUUAAGGCUUUUAUGCAAUCCAACAUGCCAACCCCUGCUUUUCGCUUGUUUAAUGUCAUGUUAUCUUCUGGCCAAUCUCCGGAUUUAAUUCUUUGUAAUGUAUUAAUUGAUUGUCUUUCAAAGGCUGGAAGGUGCCAGGAUGCAAUUCAAGUUUUUCUCAGUUUGUCAGAGCGAAACUUAAAGCCUGAUUCUUAUACCUUUGCUUCAUUGUUAUCUACAAUCUGUCGUUCUAGAAUGUUUUAUCUCUUACCUAAACUAGUUCUAGUCUCUAGACAUGUAGAUGCUGAUUUAGUGUUCUGUAAUGCUCUUUUAAGCUCUCUUACUAAGGCCGACCUUCCUUCUCUUGCUGUUGGAUUCUAUGACCAUAUGAUUGAUGAAGGUUUUGUGCCAGAUAAAUAUACUUUUGCUGGAUUACUAAGUGCACUCUGUUGUGCGGGAAGAGUUGAUAAAGCAGUUAAUGUGUACCAUGGUGUUGUAAUGAGUUAUCAUGACACUGAUGCUCACAUCCAUACUGUAAUAAUAGUUGGUCUUCUAAAGACCGGAAAGUUUCACAAGGCUGUCAGUGUUUUAAGAUUUGCAGUAAUGAAUAAAUAUCCACUCGACACUGUAGCAUACACAGUUGGCAUCUGUGCACUUCUUAGAGGUAGAAGAACUCAAGAGGCUUGCACAUUGUAUGACCAGAUGAAGAACAAUGGUCUGAAACCUAGUGUUCAUACCUAUAAUAUGAUGCUGUUCACUUUUUGUAAAGAAAGGGAUCUCCAGAUGAUAAAACAGAUACUGCAAGAGAUGAUUGAUUCAAGGAUAUAUCUGAGUGGCAGAAAUUUCUCCAACUUGUGUAAAUAUGUGUAG